AUGAAGGCAGUUCUCAUCCUAACUGCUCUUAUUCAUGCAUCUACUAGUGACUAUGUUUACCUCUCUCCAGAAGAUGAUCCAGUGCAAGUAGUUUCAAUAAGAAACAUUCCGCUGCUGGUUCCUCAACAACCGAGAGUAAACAUCGUUCCGACAGCUGGCCACUUCCCUUAUCCUGCUGCAGAACCUAUAAUUGUGGCUGGAACUCCUUCCAGUCAACCCAUUCAGUAUGACAUUGCAUAUCCGUAUCCACCAGCAGAGCCUAAAAAUCCGAGUCCAGAACUCAUUGUUCCAUCUACUACUCCAACAGCAGAUUCACAUUCAGACUCAAUAAUUUAUCAUGAUGUUGCGCCUAUUCAUCACGGCACAGGCUCUCCGUACCCUGCGGCAGAGCCUAAACAAAACGAUGACUCGAAGAGUUUUCCCUACCCUGCUGAAGAACCAAAAUCGACGACAAGCUUUCCAUAUCCCGCCUUAGAAGAUACUUACGUUCGCCUGGCGCCUAAAAAAAAUAUAUUUAUUCCACCAGUCCAGGCUAAACAAGCCACCAGUUUUCCCUAUCCAGCUGCAGAUGUGUCCGGCAUUACUACUUCAACCUCCCUGCCGUACCCACCAGCAGAAGAUGAAAAUCAAGAGCUUCCUUAUCCACCAGCACCACCAAAGGUAGUAUCAGAUAGCACCUCACUUCCCUAUCCCGCAGCAGAACCAAAAGUAUUUGAUUAUAUUCCCGCUGAACCUAAAAUAGUACUUACGCCAUCAACAUCUUUUCCUUACCCACCACCGGAGGCAACGAAAGAAAACGAUUACCCUUAUCCAGCAGCAGAAGCGAAAACGAUUCAUCAAACUGGGUCACAUACAGAAGUUGAGCAUAAAGUGGUGACAAACUUCCCGUAUCCAGCUAAGGAGUACUAG